UGCUGAGUGUGAGGAAAAUAUUAGUAAACAUAUCAAUGUGUUUGAGCAAUCGAAAUAGGAAAAUUAGGCAAUAAAACAAGGAUUAUAAAUGGAAUAUCGCAAUAAAAUGGAGAAAACUCUGGUUGACGAAAGCAGUGAUGAUAACAUUGCAUACUCAAGUAAUUUUAAGGAGAUAGAAGAUGAUGACACCAACAAUAUAAAUAAUGAGGACCAAAAUAAUAUUUUUGAAAUUGAUGAAGGAACGCACAAAGUGGGGGAAGAAAGUAUUCCUCAUGUUUCGGAACAGGUGGAAAAGCUAUCGAUACCAACUGAUAAGCAAGCCAUCCAAAGCCAACAACAGCGUUUACAAAGAGAAGCUCAGUUUAGCAUUCCGUACCAUAAGCCAAAAAAAUAUACGUUGAAGGAAUUUCUUAGUCGGCGUACUAUUAUUAAACCUUGUGAAUCCGCCAAAGAGAACGGUUUUUCGGAAGCUUUGGGAAGAUCAAAAAAUUUGAAAAUGUCCAAAGAAGAAUUAGAAAUUUAUUCGAAAUUAAUGGAAGACAGAGCCAAAGAAGCAUCUGAAUUUUUCAAAGAUGAUAACACCGAUGAUUCAAAACAAAAGGGCGGCAAUUGUGAGGAAAAGGUUUCUAAUAGUGAACAUGAAACCAGGAAUAAAGCCAAUACCCUUCCUCAAAAACUCAACAAAUCAAAUGAAAAUGAAAAAUGUCGAGGUGAAAAUGUGUCGAAUAUUGUAAUUACGGAAAUUGUAGAGCUUCCAAAAUUGAAUCUGAAUGAUAUAGCUAAGGACUUAAAUUUAAAAAAUAUCAUAAAUCAAACUUUGAUGCCCAAAGAAAGGACAGAAUUUCCAUUAGAAUCAAAUUUAAAAGUUCCUCAGCUAUUAGAGGCGAGUCCUACAUUAAACGGAAAACAGGACAUCACAUUCGAUUUGAUAUCGACUGAAAAUGAUACCCCUAAAACAAUUAGCAGGGCUAAUAGUUUGCUGGAAAGACUUAUGAAGACGAACACUUGCCAUAAACCUAAAACUAAUGACACUAUUGGAAUUAAAAGAAUGAAAUGUAAAACAAAUACUCUAAUUGAUGAAGCUGAACCUUAUUCGAAUAAAAAACCUGGAGAAUCGUUUUUAAAAUUGAAAGACAACCUGAAGUCCAUCAUCUUGGAAAAGCGUAGAGAAGAAUUGAAGAAAAAACAAAUGGAGGAAAAUAAUACGAAGAAUGCUAUUGAUAAUCCUAAAUAUUUUGAAGAUUCUAUGGAGUACGAGGAUAAGCUAUCGCGCGAUAGCUCUGACAACUCUGAAUCCGAGACCGACGGAGAAUCUGUACAAGAAGAGCAUUCUGAAGUUGAUGAUGAAGACGUUGCGAUUGAUAAAAUCCAAACACCUCUCUGGGAUUCUAAACCGUCAGACGUUGGCAGUAUGCGAAUAGAACUUGACUCUGACGAUUCCAAUGGAUGCCAACAUUUUAAUCCAUCAGUAAUUAGUCAAGUACCCGCAACACAAAUAUGUAAUCCAGAUGAGGAAGCAGAUCAAUUAAUAAAUUUAUGUUCUGGCACUUUUGAAACGCAACCGACUAAUACACCAAAAGAAAUCAUCGACAAUGAAAUUCUAUCAUCAAGUGAGGAAAAUUCUCCACGUUCAAGUGGUAAAAAUAUACGAACUAAAAAGUUUACAAAGAAAAUAAAGAAAUCCAAAAUGAAAUUGGGUUUCUCUGAUGAUGAGGCUGAUGAGUCCGACGACCCUGACACAAAUGAGGUCACAAGCGAAAAAAAUGUAUCCAUUAAUGACGAGCCUGCUACUUAUAUUGAUUAUGACUCAGAAGAAAAUGAAAUAACUGUGGAAUUGACCAAGCAAGACUGCUUAAAGAAAGCAGAAACCUUUUUCGAAAGGGAGGCAGAACUAUCUGAAUCCGAUUGGGGUAGCGCAGAUGAAGACGAAAAGAAUUUGGAUCAAUACGAGAAUGAAGUAGGUGACGAAGAUGUGUUCGACAAAGAGGAAAUAAGAGAUGAACUAGGGAAAAUACAUGCGCGUAAAAUGUUAGACGAGGAUUUGCGGCAAGUACAUAAAUUGCAGGAAAUUCUAUUUGAAGAUGAAGACGAAGCUGCACAACGACAGCGUAAAUUUCGGUGGAAAAAUUUAGACAAUUCUUUCAACCUUGAAAUUAGUCAAAAUAAUGUCACAGAAACAAAACCGGAAGAAGAAGGUAGUGAUGAUGAAAACGAGCAUUUAUGGAGAAAAAUUCGUUUUGAACGCGAACAGGCGAUUAAGGAUCAUUUUUUAAAUGAAAAUAUCUUAGAAGCGAGCACAUCGGAUGUUACUUCCAAAAUAAAUGACAUUAGAAAUGUUACAAGGAUAAAUGUGUCGAAAUCUAUCGUCGAUGGGUCUGAUGAAAAAGAGAAGUCUCCAUUUUUGAUAUCGAAAGAACUUAUCAAAACUGAAAGCGCCAAAGCUCGAAGCUCAUUUCUGCUAAGGAAUAAAAAGGUUUUAUCGAAAACAAUAUGUUCGGUUAAAAGCAGUAGCAACGAUAUAAAUACGUCACCAGACAAAAUAGGAGUUAAAACGACAAAUUCUAACAAAUUUGUUUUUACUACAUUAACCUUCGAAGAACAUGAGACUUUAAAAAGGAAGGCCGAUGAUACGAAUGGAGGUAUCGAUACCAAAAUUAUUAAGAAGGCUAAAACCGAAACAAAAAAGGGAGAAUUUUUAAUAGAUAAAUUAUUGUAAAUUUUAUUUUUGUCCAUAACAUUAUUUUUACUUGAAUUAAAUUUAAGAAAACACAUGCACAAA